GCUCUGGCUAAUCUCUUCGAUUCCACCUGUUUUCACUCCUCUUCGUCGACCCCACAAAUUACUAAUGGCGCGGUCAUCUUCUCCUCUCGUCAACAAGGCUUCGCCCAUCGAGCAGCGCCGCCUGCUCCGCGCUCGACGUUCAUCAAAGCGUGUCACCGCUUUGAGCCCGGAGGCGCUCCUUGAUGCCACCCUCCCUGGCGCCGAGCAACCUGUGCCGGUGGUGCAGCAGGAUGCCGCCACGGCUCUGAAGCGAGAUGCUACUCUCUCAGAUGAGACUCUGGCGGUUCACGCCGGGGAGAAGAUGGGGAAGAACGGCGCCAUGGACACUGACUCGAUCGCGACACCUAUUGUGAGCGGCACGACGCACUGGUUCAAGAGCUCGGGCGACCUCAUCGCGUUCAAGGAAGGCCGGCGCCACAGCAUCGAGUACGGCCGCUACGGCAACCCCACUGUGAAGGUCCUAGAGGACAAGAUCAGUGCACUGGAGAGGGCCGAGUCGACGCUUGUCACGUCCUCGGGAAUGAACGCCAUCGUUGCCACGCUGCUUGCGCUCGUACUGCCCGGUGCCGGCCACGUGGUGACCACGACUGAGUGCUACAGCGAGGCACGCGCCUUCAUCCGCGACAAGCUCUCCAAGAUGGGCAUCAAGGUGACAUUCAUCGAGCUGAACGACAUGGACACGCUCAAGGCCGUUCUUGACCAUGGCGACGUGACACUCUUCUACACUGACUGUCCGACGAACCCCCACCUCAAGUGCAUCGACAUUAAGCUCGUCGCGGAGCUGUGUCACCGCAAAGGGGCUCUAGUGUGCAUCGACAGCACCCUCGCCUCGCCCAUCAAUCAGAAGCCGCUCACCCUCGGGGCCGACAUCGUCGUGCACUCUGCCACAAAGUACAUUGCCGGCCAUCACGACGUCAUUGCAGGAUGCAUCAGUGGCUCGGAUGCGCUCAUCUCUAGGAUCCGUGCGUGGCAUCACGACCUCGGCGGCGCCAUUAGUCCG